CUCGUUUAUAUGCAUAUACGCGGCUGAUUUUACUAAAGAAAAUCCCCAAAAACUUAGUUAAACUUUCAACCACAUCUAUGACAGUGUCAUGUGUGUCACUAUCAACGGGAUUUAAGGAAUGGUCUUUGUUCUCUUCAAUAAAUUGCUAGGCCGACCUCUGUCGAGCGACAUUGAGGAGGAUUGAAAGACAGUUUCAGGCGGCUAAGUGAUUGUGCAACAUUGAACAGACUAUAAGGUGGUCAGAAUCAUGGGUCUAUCUAUUAACUCUUACUCUUUCUUUAUUGCUAUCUUAGGUCUAUAUAUGGCUUUUUAUCAAAGCGACUACAGUUUUAUUGUGAGCCUUGAUUUUGGCAACAGCUUUUCAGGGACUUGUUGUGCUAUAACACCUAGACUUUCAUCGAAACAAUCGAGAGCAUCAGAAUACCCAGAAUUUCUCCAUGUUAACAAUUGGCCAGAACAAUAUGAAUUUCAACGUAAAACACCAUCCAUCAUUGCGUACGACCGAAAUUUACACCUUCUGCAUUGGGGAAUGACAGCAUUCAACUUAAGAAAAAACGGUCAAUUGAAGGAUGAUCAGCGAAUUGUAGAAAAAUUCAAAUUUGGUCUUCCAACAUCUAUUGCUCAAAAAGGAGCUUUUCGUCCGGCUGGUAAUACAAGCAUAAAUCAGCUUAUAAAUAUGAGAGCUGCAAUUGAUUUUUUCAGAGAAAUUAUGGAUCACACUGUUGCCAACCUUUUAAACGACGAAAAAGAAAAUAUUCGCUUUGUAAUCACUGUCCCAGAACAGUGGAAUGAUGCUCAAAAGUCGCUAAUGCGCUUUGUCGCUAUUGAAGCAGGAUUGAUUUCGGAGGACGAUUUUGAACAGCGGCUACUGAUUAUUAACGAGUCUUUGGCUGCAUUGUUAUAUUGUGAACGAAACACAAACAUUGAUGGCAAAAAAUAUAAUGAUAAAAAAAAUGAAUUUAUGUUGAAGAACGAUAAAUAUAUGAUUUGUGAUGCUGGCGGUGCCACUGUCAGUAUUGCUGUUUUCGAAGCAGCCCAGCAUAACAAUGAUAAUUUUCGCAGAUGUCAACUUACUGCAGGAAUCGAAUAUAAUUGCGGAUCAGCUUUUUUGGAUUUGAAAAUGAAGGAGGCUCUUUUAAAUAUUUGUUUUGGCGCAGAUAAAGAAGCUUGGAAGGAUAACAAUUCAAAGAAAGAAGCACUCGAGUUAUUGAUAACACCUUUGGUAGAACAGUUUCGCUUGAGCAAGGUAUUAAAAUCAUAAUAUAUACUUGGCAUUUGUUAAUCUUUAUGAUAGACAAAUUUUGGAAAAGCAAAAAAAGACUUUAUACCCGAUUGCUGUUACGAAAUUCAAGAAAUUUCGUGGAACUUGACAAUUUUGGAGAUGACACUUUUUUUGUUAUUACACAAGGUAAAAUUUUGGAUCAAUUGAAAUUACAAAAAGUGCUCGUCGACGGUGUGAAAGUUGAAGUUGAUGAUACUCAAUGCACAAUCAGACUUUCUUACAAAUUCAUGCGUGAAAAUGUUUUCAACCAAAUUGUUAAAGACACUC